AUGGUAGGGCCACCGACGGAGGAUGGUCAGACAACCGAUCGACACACCCUUCAGGGUGACCUCAAAACCCUGGACCACCGUCGGUCAGCCAGCCAAAACGCAUGGUAUGACGCACGCUCCGUGUUUGGUUGGGCAAACAUCGGGAUAGCCCGGCGGUGUACGGUCCGCGGAAAGCAUCGACUCAUCUUUCGCACCAACAUUUUGGAUCCAAAGGCUAAAAAAAAACAGACCAACAUCCAUGAUCAAGCGGUGGAAAUCGUUUGUCUGUGCGGUUCUCCCAACUCGUUGUUCGGGACCUUUGUUCGGGUAGAGCAAUGA